CGCUGAGACGUGAAGUCCGCCCCGCUCCGAAGCCAGGACAGGGAGAGAGACCGCCAAGAAAAAACCAAAUCCUCCCUCUUCUCCCUCUCCCUCUCCCUCUCCCUCUCUUUAAAUCGCCUCUCGCCGCUCCUUUAAUCCCUUCGAAUUCGCCCGACAAGCUGAGAGAUAGAGAGGAGGGAGGGAGCAAGCGCGAGGAAUGGGGCAGCCCUCGGGCCCGCCGGCGUCCCCACCCCUCCCGCCGCCGGCGGCGCCGCCUCCGGGAAGCUGCCAGGUCCGGUGCGCGGGGUGCCAUGGGAUCCUCGCGGUGGCGCCGGGGAUGACCGAGUUCAUUUGCCCCAAGUGCCAGCUGCCGCAGAUGCUGCCGCCGGAGCUCAUGGCCCCGCCGCCGCCUCGCCGGCCCCCGCCCCAGGCCCGGGGCAUCGAUCCGACCAAGAUCCAGCUCCCCUGCGCCCGCUGCAAGGCCAUCCUGAACGUCCCCCACGGCCUCGCCCGCUUCGCCUGCCCCCAGUGUGGCGUCGAUCUCUCCGUCGACUUCUCCAAGCUCCAGCACUACUUAGCCGCCGCCGCCUCCUCCUCCUCCUCCUCCGUCUCCGCUGCAGCCACCCUCCCCGGACUCCCCCACGAGCCACCCGAAGAGAUCAAUGAGGUUGCAAUUGAUGUGGAACGUGAAGAAGAUGAGGGUGGUACUGUUGGUGAAACCUUUACAGAUUAUCGGCCUCCCAAGCUAUCUCUUGGUGAUCCCCAUCCAGAUCCUGUUGUGGAAACAUCUUCCUUGUCAGCUGUGCAGCCCCCGGAACCAACAUAUGAUCUGAAAAUUAUGGAUGAGCUGGAGAAGUCUAACGCGCUGUCAUGCUUGCAAAUAGAAACAAUAGUGUAUGCUUGUCAGAAGCACCUUCACCAUCUCCAAAAUGGUUCAAGAGCAGGAUUCUUCAUCGGUGAUGGAGCUGGUGUUGGUAAAGGUCGAACCAUUGCUGGGCUGAUCUGGGAAAAUUGGCAACAUGGGAGACAUAAAGCAUUGUGGGUUUCUGUUGGUUCUGACUUAAAGUUUGAUGCACGUAGAGAUUUAGAUGAUGUUGGUGCUACAUGUAUUGAAGUACAUGCUCUGAACAAGCUUCCUUACUCUAAGCUUGACUCUAAGGCUGUUGGCAUCAAGGAUGGAGUGGUAUUUUUAACAUACAGUAGCUUGAUAGCAUCAUCUGAAAAAGGCCGUUCUCGUUUACAGCAGUUGGUGCAGUGGUGUGGAUCAGAGUUUGAUGGUCUUUUGGUCUUUGAUGAGUGUCACAAGGCCAAAAAUUUGAUCCCAGAGGCAGGAGGACAGGCUACCCGUACAGGCGAAGCAGUUCUUGAAAUUCAGGCACGACUACCGGAGGCUCGAGUUGUUUACUGCUCUGCGACUGGUGCAUCUGAGCCUCGGAACAUGGGUUACAUGAUUCGGCUUGGACUGUGGGGAGCAGGAACAUGUUUCCUUAAAUUUAAUGAUUUUUUAGGUGCUCUUGAUAAAGGUGGUGUUGGAGCAUUGGAACUUGUUGCAAUGGACAUGAAGGCAAGGGGUAUGUAUGUUUGCCGGACACUAAGUUAUAAAGGGGUUGAGUUUGAAGUGAUAGAAGCACCACUGGAAGAAGAUAUGAUGGUUAUGUAUAAGAAAGCAGCUGAGUUCUGGGCUGAGUUACGGGUUGAGCUACUAUCAGCGAGUGCAUUUCUUUUGGAGGAGAAGCCCAUUUCAAGUCAGGUUUGGCGGCUAUACUGGGCUAGCCAUCAGCGUUUUUUCAGACACAUGUGUAUGUCAGCUAAAGUUCCUGCUGCUGUGAGGCUGGCCAAACAAGCACUGGCAGAGGGUAAGUGUGUCGUGAUUGGUCUUCAGAGCACUGGAGAAGCUCGAACUGAGGAAGCUGUGACAAAAUAUGGUCUUGAGUUGGAUGACUUUGUUUCGGGUCCUCGUGAGCUCCUUCUUAAAUUGGUGGAAGAAAACUAUCCCUUGCCCCCAAAGCCUGACACAGCACCAGGAGAAGAAAGCGUCAGAGAGCUCCAGCGGAAGAGGCAUUCUGCAACUCCUGGUGUCUCAUUUAAAGGAAGGGUAAGAAAAGUUGCAAAAUGGAAACCUGCAAGUGAUGAUGAAAGUGAUGAGGAUUCUCAAUCUGAGUCCGAUCAUGAAUCAACAGAAUCUGACGAAGAGUUCCAAAUAUGUGAAAUUUGCAACAGUGAAGAGGAGAAGAAAUUGUUGCUUCACUGUUCCUGUUGUGGUCGACUAGUCCACCCUACUUGCUUAGUGCCUCCUUGGACAGAUAUACUCCCUGAUGAUUGGUCAUGCUACUCAUGCAAGGAGAAAACUAAUGAAUAUUUCAAGGAAAGGGAUGCCUAUGUAGCUGAACUCUUGAAGAGGUAUGAAGCUGCACAGGAGCGAAAAUCAAAAAUUUUGGAUAUAAUCCGGUCUUUGGAUCUGCCUAACAAUCCUUUGGAUGAUUUAAUUGAUCAGCUAGGGGGCCCUGAAAAUGUUGCGGAAAUGACUGGUAGGCGGGGUAUGCUAAUAAGGGCUUCAAAUGGAAAAGGUGUUAUUUAUCAGGCGCGCAACACAAAGGAAGUUGCCAUGGAAAUGGUUAAUAUGAAUGAGAAACAAUUGUUUAUGGAUGGGAAAAAGUUGGUUGCUAUAAUAUCCGAAGCAGGUUCAGCUGGUGUAUCUCUACAGGCUGAUAGAAGGGCAAUAAAUCAGAAAAGAAGGGUACAUAUAACUCUAGAGCUUCCUUGGAGUGCUGACCGAGCCAUUCAACAGUUUGGAAGAACUCAUCGCUCUAAUCAAGCUUCUGCACCUCAAUAUAGGCUUCUCUUUACAAAUCUUGGUGGUGAACGGCGAUUUGCAUCAAUUGUGGCAAAGAGAUUAGAGUCUCUUGGAGCUCUAACACAAGGAGAUCGCAGGGCUGGCCCAUCAUUAAGUGCUUUUAAUUAUGAUAGCAAUUUUGGAAAGAGGGCACUUGCAAUGAUGUAUAGAGGAAUAAUGGAGCAGGAUCCUCUGCUGGUUGUGCCUCCUGGAUGUUCAUCUGAGAAUCCAGCAAGUGUUCAGGAAUUUAUCACCAAAGCUAAAGCUGCUCUAAUAUCAGUUGGAAUUGUUAGGGAUACAAUUCUCUGCAAUGGAAAGGAUGCUGGAAAGGUUACUGGCCGCAUAGUAGAUUCAGAUAUGCAUGAUGUUGGGCGCUUUCUAAAUCGUCUUUUGGGCUUGCCUCCUGAAAUCCAGAAUAGGCUCUUUGAACUUUUUAUUAGCAUUCUUGAUCUUCUUGUUCACAAUGCACGAAGUGAAGGACAGUUUGACUCUGGGAUUGUUGAUAUCAGAGGUAACAUCAUUGAAUUGCAGGGAUCACCCAAGACUGUUUUUGUUGAUAAUUUAUCGGGUGCAUCUACUGUAUUAUUUACAUUCAUUGUUGACCGUGGUAUUACUUGGGAGUCAGCAAAAAAUCUACUGGAUGAAAGGCAAAAGGAUGGAGGUGGUUGUGUCAGUGAUGGAUUCUAUGAGUCUAGGAGAGAAUGGAUGGGCAGAAGGCACUUUAUGCUAGCAUUUGAAGGUUCAGCUGCAGGUAUGUUUAAAAUUUUUCGCCCAGCUGUCGGGGAAGCACUAAGGGAAAUGUCUCUACCUGAGCUCAAAAGUAAAUAUAAAAAGGUGUCUUCAAUUGAAAAAGCCAGCAAUGGUUGGCAAGAUGAAUAUGAUGUCUCUUCUAAACAGUGCAUGCAUGGACCAAAAUGCAAAUUUGGCAGUUAUUGUACAGUUGGAAGACGAUUACAAGAAGUCAAUGUCUUGGGUGGCCUAAUUCUUCCUGUCUGGGGAGCUAUAGAAAGGGCGUUGUCUAAGCAAGCUCGCCAAAGCCAUAAGCGGAUACGUGUUGUCCGUUUAGAGACUACUACUGAUAAUCAGCGCAUUGUUGGGCUUCUUAUUCCAAAUGCAGCAGUUGAAACAGUGCUGCAAGAUUUAUCAUGGGUUCAUGACAUUGAUGAUUGACGCGGAAAAAGAGAGGACCAUUUUGCUUUUUGAUUGACCGAUCACAUUUUGAAUUUACUGCGGCAGCUUUGUCCGGAUGCCACGGAGUUGAUUUUUUGAAGCCCCAAUGUAGUAAAGCAGAAGGGACAUAUAAUCAUUUAUUUGUGUAAAAUGCAUAUCUUUUCCUUGUUUUUGGUCAAUAUUUUGUAAAAUCUGUAAGCACAUCGCAAGAGGGAAAAAAAAGAAAAAACCGAGGUUUGAUGUAGAAAAGCAACAAUAUACCAUCCAAAUUAAGGAAAAAAAAAAUCAAAUGCAUAUUUUGUUGCAUUCUUG